CUUAGUGAAAAGGAGGGUGGCUGGAAAUGAGAGAGAAGGGAAUGACUUGAGUUCAGAUGGGAGGGAAAUGAAGGAUGGAGUAGGAAGGUGAGGCUUAGAAAAUAGAAAGGUUUUCUUAUAUUCAGUUGCUGUUGGAAACCAUUGUUUGUUGGUGGGAGAAGGAAGACAGAAGAGAGUUGAGGCAGGGUAGCUUAGUUGCUAGCAGACAUCAAAGAUCAGCUUUGUUUAGAGAAGGAAACACACAUCUGCUUAUGCUAUGCUGUUUCUUCAACUUCCACUUCUGGCUGCUCUCCUCCCAGGCAGUGUCAAUGCGGAGGUGAUCCAUGAACAUACCACAUUUCGUCUAAGCCAGAUCUCAUACUAUGCCAAUGAAUCCUGGGCACAAACUCUGGGGUCUGCUUGGCUGGAUGAAUUACAGACUCAUCGUUGGGACAGUGAAACAGGAACAGUAAUUUUCUUGCACACAUGGUCCAAGGGAAACUUCAGUAAUGAGGAGUUGACAGAUCUGGAGCUGCUUUUCCGUGUGUAUAUGAUUGGGAUACGUCAGGAGAUUCAUACCUACUCCACAGACUUGGGGCUUAGGUAUCCUGUUGAAUUACAAGUGAGUCUUGGCUGUGAGCUGUCCUCUAGCGAGAGUGCCAAAGGCUUCAUGCAGGCGGCCUUGGAAGGAUCAGAUUUUCUAAGUUUUCAGAAUACAACUUGGGUGCCAUCUCCUGAAGGUGGGAAACAGGCCCAGAAGGCGUGUGAUCUCCUCAAUCUGUAUGAGGGCAUCAAGCAAAUCGUGGAGAACCUCAUGAGCAAAACCUGCCCUCGGUUUCUCUUGGGUAUCCUGGAUGCAGGAAAGAUGUAUCUUCAGAGACAAGUGAGGCCAGAGGCCUGGCUGUCAAGCUCCUCUAUCCUUGGGUCUGGCAGACUAAUGUUGGUUUGCCACGUCUCUGGUUUCUACCCAAUGUCCAUUUGGGUGAUGUGGAUGAAGGGUGAGCAAGAGCAAGUGGACAGCAAACGCGAUGAUGUUCUUCCCAAUGCUGAUGGGACUUGGUAUGUUCGUGUGAUCCUGGAGGUGGAGGCUGAGGAUGCUGUUGGUUUGUCUUGUCAUGUGAAACACAGCAGUCUAGGAGACCAGGACCUCAUUCUCUACUGGGGACACAGUCUUUCCAUGAGCUUGAUCAUCUUGGCAGUGGUGGUGCCCUUGAUCCUUUUGAUAGUCCUUGUGUUAUGGUUUAAGAGGCGUUGGUCCUAUCGGGGUAUUCCAUGAGAUGUCUCACCGUGCUUCCUACUUUGUAUUGAGAAGCCAGCAGUCCUGGAGCUCAAGACAAGCAAGUGAUGCCAUCCUUUCUUCCAUGUAUCUCUACUGAUUCUCUUUUUGUCUGAGAAUCACUCAUGAGUCUCAUUUAAUUUGAUAUCUGGAACUCUGUACAUAAUGGCACUUCCAUUUUCAGUAGUGGUAAAACUGCAAAGUCCAUUUCUGAUGUUUCUUUAGAGGUAGGUCUUCCAGGACCUCUUAGCAGGAAACCACAAGCAUGUGUCAUUUCCUGCUUGUCUUGCAGGUACUUGAGCUUUCUUCUCCAUUUUAUGUUUAAGUGUUUAGGGGGUCAUGGCAUUGCAAAGUGCCAUUCAUCUAUAUAAUUCUGCUUGCUGAAAAAUUAAGCAAAACGUUCAAAGAAGUACUAUGUCCAUGUUGGAUCAACUCCUGUGGGUAGAUUUUGUUUUAUCAUUUUAUUUAUUCCUAACAUUUGAAACACUCAUGCCAUUCUUUGUUUGGGGGCUGACAUAGCUUAGAAAUUCCAACAUCGGGGCUGGGAAGGUGGCUCAGUGGUAGAGCACUUGCCUUGCAUGCCCGAGGCUCUGGUUUGAUUC